AUGACUGAUUCCACAGAAAUUUCACUAGGGUUGACCUGUGAUAUGCAUGUUCAUCUUAGAGAUGGUGAAAUGUGUGACUUGGUGACACCCAUGAUUAGAGAUGGAGGUGUCUCUGUAGUCUAUGUCAUGCCUAAUCUACAACCACCUAUUACUUCACUAGAACAAGUCCGUCAGUAUAAAGAAAAAUUGCAAGCUUUGUCUCCAAAGACCACUUUCCUUAUGAGUCUCUACUUGUCCAAUAAAUUGGACCCUCAAAUGGUCGAACAAGGUGCAAAAAAAAAUUUGAUUCAUGGGAUUAAAUGUUAUCCUGCCGGUGUCACCACAAAUUCAAGUGAUUCAAAUGUGGAUCCAAACGACUUUUCCCAAUUUUAUCCUAUCUUUAAAGUUAUGGAAAGAACAGGUUUGGUGCUCAAUCUACACGGUGAAAAACCUUCCAGCCCACAAAACGACAUCACUGUGUUAAAUGCUGAGAAACAUUUCUUACCAGCUCUACUCAAACUACAUAACGAUUUCCCCAAUUUAAAGAUCAUCCUUGAACACGCUACCACAAAAGAGGCUAUCGAAACCAUAAAUAAAAUCAACGAAAAUGUUGCUGAUCCAAACGAUAUCCGUGUUGUUGGUUCCAUCACCGCUCAUCAUCUCUGGAUCACCGUCGAUGAUUGGGCAAGCAAUCCAAUCAAUUUCUGUAAACCUGUAGCUAAGUUACCUGCAGAUCAGCAUGCUCUAAUCUCUGCUGCCAUAUCUGGGAAACCAUGGUUUAUCUUUGGCUCGGACUCUGCCCCACAUCCUAUACAAAAUAAACAGAGAUAUUGCAAUGUUUCAGCUGGGAUCUUCACUCAGCGGUAUGCUUUGCAAUAUUUGGCAGAGAUUUUUGCACAACAUAACUCCUUGGAUAAAUUGUCUGGGUUUGUAUCUAAAUUCCCAUUACAAUUUUAUAAGAUCAAUCCAAAUUUAAUUCAAUCAAGUAAUGAUAAUUGUAUUUUAUUCAAAUCAAAGACGAAGAUUGAGAAUGAAUUUGUCUCGAAGGAUGGUAAUGUUACUUUAAUACCAUUUAUGUCUGGACAUGAAUUAGAUUGGGAUGUUAAAUUUGUAUAA